UCUAUAAUAUUCAAAAGUACCUAAUAAAUCAAUACACCUGUCACUAAUAAUGAAGAUAACAACGUCUUAAACAAUGAGACUACUUAGCUUCAAGAAUUGGGUAUUAAUUAGUUGGUGUAUUAAACAUUAUCACACAAAUUAGUCAUAUUUGAUGCCCAUAUAAGAUGGUCUUUAUAGGAUUUGAGAACAUAAAAUAAAAUGGAUAUGAAGAAGAAUUGGUUGAGUUCAAGCGUUACUAAUUCAAGAGAGAGCAUAAGGUUGGGUAGAAGCUAUACAAAACCACACUAUAGAAGCUAUUAUUCAUCACCAAGUGGCAAUAAUUGUGAAGGAAGCAACUCAAAGAGAGUUUGGAAGAUUAUUUGGAGGAAGCUAAAGAGGGACAAGAAGAAAGUUUAUGUUUCUCCGGCGGCCGCGAUGGCAAGGGAUGGUGUUUAUGAUCCGGAAACUUACUCGAUGAAUUUCGAUCAUGGAAUGGGGUGGAUGGAACCCGACAACCUCCCCCGGUCGUUCUCGGCGAGAUGAAGAUGAUGAUGGAACAUACUCUAGCUUGGAUCAAGUUCUGAUUAACACAUCAAAUUAUUAUUUUACCAAUCUUAUUACUUUACAUUUUUUUUCUUUAGCUCAUGUUUUAUACUUUGAUAAAUGAAAAAUAAAAUAAACAUUUUAAUUCUU